GCUAUUGUGAUGUCAGCAGAGGGCUGCCACGUCACAGCGUUGUCACCAGGAGGUUUUCCUGGUGCCCACAAGGCCUCAGCGUCCAGAGCAGCUCUUGGCGUGCUCCUUGCAGGAGGAUCACCUCGUCUGAGCUGUUCUCAGAUUACGGCCGGUGUUCCUUUUGUCUCUGUAUUUUCUUGCACAGUCCUUGGACUGGUGCAAGUGUCCUGUUUUUACCCUUUUUACUUGCACAGUCUCAGGACUUGUGCAAGUGUCCUGUUUUACCCCUUUUUUACUUGCACAGUCUCAGGACUCGUGCAAGUGUCCUUUUUUUCCCCUUUUUACUUGCACAGUCUCAGGACUCAUGCAAGUGUCCUGUUUUUCCCCUUUUUACUUGCACAGUCCCAGGACUUGUGCAAGUGGGGUUUUUUUCCAUUUUUGUUUCCUGGCCUACGGACUCGAGCAGCCCUGCUCAAAGGAUGGAGCGAGUCCGUAGAGCAGUCAGCAGCGCCUUUUCAUUGGCGGCUUCUCGGAAAGCUUUUCUUCGUUUGGCUGCUCGCCUCAGAGGUGGAAGGAGUCCAGCGCGCGCUUCGGUCCCGCGAGGAGAGGAUCUUGCCAGUCAGGACUCCUGGGCCCAGACAGGAAAGGCGGAGCGGCAGGAGAGCACGGACAGAGUGCACGGUGCCCAGGAGUUCAGGUGGAAGGAGUUGGCUGCAUUUGAGAGAAAGCGCCACUCCUCACUAGAGAGGGUGUCUGAAGUGGCAGCACCGACAGCGGAGGAAUGGCAGCCUCAGAGGGAUCUGCUGAAGGAAGCGGUUCCUCUGGCAGUGCCAAAGGUUUUCCGCCGGCAGCGGCCAGCCCACAGGGGCCUGGAGAAGCUGCUGCAGGAGUUCUCCCGCCAAGGGCACACCCUGUCCCAGGUGUGCAGAGAGAAGGCGGUGCUGGCGCAAGAGAACGCUGCUCUGGAAGCCCGACUGGCAGCCACGGAGCGGGACCUGCGAGGCCUUUCAGAGCAGCUGGCAGAGGCCAGGUCAGAGAAGGAGAGCCUGCAAAGCAGCCUGCUGGAGGCUGAGCAGCACAUAUGGGAGCUGGAGAUGGCCAGGAGCCCUGUGGAAGCCCAAGUGCACAGGGCCAGGCAGGCCAAGGAGGCGAUACUGGAGGAUGUGAGGGGCCUUCGUUGUGAGCUGCUGGCUGUAAGAGCUCUCAGCCAGCAGCAAUGUGAAGACAUGGCUGAACAGCUCCGCUGGGCACAAGAACAGUGCUGCAAGGCUCUGAGACUCUGGCAAUCUGCCCAGGAAGAGGAAAAAAGGAACCUCAUGCAAAAACUGGAGAGACAACUGGAAGAGCAGCAUGUGGAGGCACGGAAGCAGCUGGAGGAACGGGCAAACUUCCUGGCAGAGGUGCUGCAGGAAGAGCAGCGUCAGAAGGCUUGUGUCAUCCACAAGGUGUACCAGCUGCAGAGAGAGCUGAAGCAAAGUGAGCAGCUGAGGCAGAAGCUGAAUGAGCAGUGGCAGAAUGAGCAGGUCAUGCUGCAGGCUGAGCUGCAGGAAGCUGAGAGAAAGAUGAGGGCAAUGGAGAAGAGGCACCAAGAGGAAAUGGAAAGGAUGCACAAGGUCCUGCUGCAGUACAGGCUGGCUGAAGAAAAGCAGGUGGAUGCAGGAUCUGCCAUCGAAGCUGCUGGUGCAGCAGCAUCCUGCCAAGAAGCCUCCUCUCCACAGCCUGAAAACCAGAGCAUGAGCAGCUCGGCCCGCUCAAGCCAGGAGAGAGAGAAGCAGUUCCUGAAGCUGCUGAGGUGUGUGGUGAGUGUGGAAGAUCCAGAAAAGAAGUACACUGGAUGGGAACAUCUUGGCAGUGGGGGCUUUGGAGCUGUUUAUAAGGCCUUCGACACUGCCACAGGACAAGCGGUGGCUGUAAAGGAACUUUAUCUCCAGCACCAGGGCUGUGAGGGAAUAUUAAAAGAAAUCCUGCUCAUGAGAGAAAAUAAGAACGCCAAUAUUGUCAGCUACUUAGAAAGCUACCUUGUGGAUGAGGCUGUCCUGCUGGUGUUGGAAUAUAUGGAUGGAGGCUCCUUAGCUGAUGUGGUCACCGUGAGAAGGAUGGCUGUAGGACACAUAGCAACAGUGUGUCGGGAGUGCCUGCAAGGCCUGGCUUUCCUUCAUGCCAAGCAGGUGAUCCACAGAGACAUCAAAAGUGACAACAUCCUUCUGGGCUGGGACGGCUCCGUCAAGCUGGCUGAUUUUGGCCUCUGUGCUGUGCUCAGCCCUGAGCACAGGAAACGGAGGUCGAUGGUCGGGACCACUUACUGGAUGGCACCCGAGGUCGUGAGAAGAGAGCCUUACGGCCCCAAAGUGGACACCUGGUCCCUUGGCAUUGUGGGAAUAGAAAUGGCCACAGGAGAGGCUCCUUAUAUGCAGGAGACCAGUGACAAGGCCAGCUACCUGAUAGGCAAGCAAGGGGUUCCAAAUCUGCACCAGCUCAGGCUACCCCCUGGCUUGUGUGAAUUUCUGGGCUGCUGCCUGCAGAUGGAUGUGGACAGGCGAGGCUCUGCCAAGGAACUUCUGCAGUCCUGUGAUGAGGAAGAAGAGGACAAUUGGUCACUGGCCCAGUCAUGUCCAGGCAGCAGCUGGUGGCCACUUUUCUUCCUUCUUUCUGCCUUCCACAUCCCUUUGCUUUUUGGACAUGCUUCCAAGUUUUGGCUCCAUUUCCCCCUGCACUCAUGUGGUGCAAAAACGAGAGAAAUUUCAGAGUUCCAUCAUCCCAGCACCUGCCAGAGUGCAGAGGAGAUCCCCAAUUCAAACAGGAAGAAAAAUGAAUUGGGAAGACUGAAGCAGUUGCAUCCCUUGGAUUUCGAUGAAGGAACAAGAAAAGAUCCUUCCAUUGCCUCCACAUGCUCUGCAACAAGCAACCAAGCAGACUACUUGAGAAAAUACAGAGCAAUUGUCUCCUUGGAGCAACGCCAGCACUACAAGGACGACUUCAAUGCAGAAUAUGAGGAAUAUUGGAAUUUAUAUUUUAAGAUUGACAAGAUCAUCAAGAAAUUCAGACAAUUUCAGGAGCAAUGGAAGUCUCUGACUCCAGGCUCCAAAGCUUAUCAGAUGCUGCAUUAUCGAAUCCUAGCAGAUUAUCAGCAGUUACAACAGGGUAGCCCCAGCUACUCUGAAAUGAAGAGUGGGUGCCAGUACCUCCACAAGAAGCUGGCCCAUAUUCAGAGCCGCAUUUCUGAAUUUGACCAGCAGUGAGUGGAGUACUGGCACCAGACAUCAGCUUCAGCAUGGAAGAUCUCUGAAAUCAGGAUUUUUCAUUUCAACUAGAAGAUUAGAUUUUUUAGGAUUCUUUAAAUUAGUACAGAAGAGUAGGUUAUCUUAGCACUGAGCAGUAGGUGAUUUCUUAUAAAUGUAGGAUUAGUUCAAAGAAGUUUAGUAAGUUUAAGUCAAAGUUGAAAGAUGAUAGUAUUGAAAUUUAACAAUAAAGAAAUCUCACUAUUGGUAA